AUCAGUAUUUUGUGAAGCUUCAGUGACUACGGAUUGUAUUUCUCAACUGAGAGAGAAUCAUUUAGGUGGGAAUUUCUGUUGGUGGCAUAUCCUCAACUACUGCAUUUUGUGGAUUUUUAUAAGCUUAGUGAAAGUGAAAGAAAAACGAAGAAAAAGAAAGAGAUUUUUAGUGAUUUUUCCGUGGAUCUAGCACAGGAAAAAUGUUCUCUGUUCUCAGGAUUUCAUUUGCACAGAAUUUAGUCAAAUCAAAUGUACUUGGUGCUCAUCUGUUGCACCCCACAUGUACCAAAUCUAAAGGAAUUGGAAGUAUAUCAACGAGAACGCUAUCCAGUGUUCAGGAAACCAGUGACAAGUCACAAGAUAAUGGUCGAGACUUUAAGUCAUACUUUCCAGAAAUUGUGAGACAACUGAAAGGCAAAGCAAAAAUAUAUGACCUGGAUGAAGGAAAACACUUUGAACGUGUUUUGGAGUACAAUGCGCAAAGUGGAAAGCUAAAUCGUGGAAGAACAAUGGUUAAUACGUAUAAAAUGAUUGCACCAAAAACGGAUUUAACCGAAGAGAACCUCAAGUUGGCAAAUUAUUUAGGUUGGUGUAUAGAAUUGUUGCAGGGAUAUUUCCUCCUUUUGGAUGACAUAAUGGACGGAAGUAUUACCCGAAGGGGAAAACCUUGCUGGUAUAAAUUAGAAGAUAUUGGGCUAGGAGGCAUCAAUGAUGGCAUGAUGCUCGAGGCUACUCUCUAUCAAGUUCUUAUGGAGAACUUUAGUCACUUGAAGUGCUAUACAAAAUUAAUGGAGCUCUUUCAAGAAGUAGUUUUCAUUUCAAUUCUUGGUGAGCAUUUGGACUUACGAUCGGCAAAGCAGGAUGUUUUGAGUUUCACAAUGGAUCUGUACAAUAUGCUGAAUAUAAACAAAACUGCCUGGUACACGUACUACUUGCCUGUUGCGUGUGCAAUGUACUUGGCUGGCUACACAGAUGAAAUGGCCUUCAGAAGAGCACAGAAACUUCUCCUCGAUAUUGGCUAUUACUUCCAAGUACAGGAUGAUUAUCUCGAUGUCUACGGUGAUCCUGCUGUUACAGGAAAGAUUGGUACAGAUAUACAAGAUGGAAGAUGCACGUGGUUCGUUGUGACCUUCCUAAUGCACGCAACGGAUACCCAAAAGGCCCUCCUGAAGGAGUCAUAUGGAAAAAAUGAUCCCGAAUGUGUGGAACGUGUCAAGAAACUCUACGAAGAGAUAUCUAUGCUAGAAAUCUACAAAAAAUUCGAAAAUGAUACCCGGAAGACAAUCAUGGAAACUGUCGAGGGGAUAUCUGGAGGACUUCCCAAGGAUGUUUAUUAUAUGAUGAUGGGUCUAUUGCAUAACCGAAAAUCCUAGGUAAAAAAAAAUCUAUCACUUCCAAAGAAUUUAAUCAAUAUGGGUGAGUUUUGUAUAGGUAAAAGUAAUUAAAAAGAAACAAAAAUAAUCUUCUCUUGGAAAGAGUUUUCUUAAAAUAUUCUUAAAAUAUAAAAGGUUAUUCAAUUUAUCAAA